AUGCCCAGAAAACGGAAGGACGAUGUCCUAUCCAUUCCUAACUCCUCUAGUGAGGAAGAAUUUUCUGGCUUUGAGCCCGAGGUUGAAAAACAGAAAGCCCCUCGGGGCACCGCAAAUAAGAAAUUAUCCUCCGUUGUAACGAAAGUUACGAAGGGAAGUAACUCUAAUCAGUCUGAUAAGCCUACUUCCGGUGUUAAAGAAAAUUCACACAGCAGGGAAAAAGAAUCAGAUAAAAGGUCAGAAAACGUUAUUAAUCUUGAUAACUUGACAUCAGAGUCCGUUGAGAAGUUAAGAUCUAUCUUGGGUAUUCAAAAUUCUGACCAAAACCCUCCCCUUACAGAAAGUAACAGUUAUAACGAAUACGAGUAUGACGACGGAGAAUUGUCGGAUACUGACCGCACUCCCUUGUACAGGGCAAAUUUAGCGGAUAACAUAGGCGAUAAUUUGUUUAGGGAUGGUAAUAAUGAUGGUGACAACCCCGAGGGAGAAGUUGAUGAGUUUAGUUGGAAUCUCCCAAAAUUAAAAACCCCUGACAAAGGCGAAGCUGUCAGUAAUUCUCUGGCAGAUUUGAUCAACACUGCCUGUACUAACCAAUGUCAAGUAGACAACAUUAUUGAAAAAUACAAAGUCCCAUCUAAUUGCCAAUUUAUGGGGGCCCCUCGUAUAAACGAGGAAAUUUGGGACGAUUUGACAAAAAUGAAAAGAGUACAGACUACUGAUAAGUCUUUGCGAGACAUCCAAAAUUUAGUAUGCACUGGCAUGCUACCAAUUCUAGAGCUAGCUAAGGUGUUGAAGACACAUAUUUCUACCCUUCCACUAGUUAAAGAUCUCAUUGCUGAUUCUAUCACUGUCAUGGGUCAGGUGCAGUUUAUGCUUAGCGUAAGGAGGCGUUACCUUCUUCGGCCAUCUUUAAAAUCCAGAUAUUCCAAUAUUUGCAGUAUAAGAACACCAAUAACAUCUUACCUUUUUGGUGACGAUAUUGCUAAAGAAUUGAAAAAAUGUGAAACAAGUUGUAAAAUUGGUAAAUACAAUUAUAGUACGGGUAUUCGCGGCCUAGACAGAGCAGUUUUGGCCCGUUUAGGGGCGGUCGUGGCAAACCCUUACAGGGGCAGAGGUCAUCCAUAUGCCAAGCCGUAUUUUGAUCGACAACAACCAUACGGUCAGUUCGGAUAUCAGCAUAAUAUGUGCCGAGAACAUCCAAGAAGAACGUGA